AUGACCUCACGGAAACUCAACGUGCUGGUCUAUACCGGCACCGGCACGACCGUCGAGUCCGUCCGCCACUGCAUCUACUCCCUCCGCCGCCUCCUGUCCCCCACCUACGCCGUCAUCCCCGUGGCCGAGGCCGCCCUCCUCAAGGAGCCCUGGCAGCCCACCUGUGCGCUCCUCGUCAUCCCCGGCGGUGGCGACCUCGGUUACUGCCGCGUCCUCAACGGCCCCGGCAACCGCCGCAUCGCCGAUUUCGUCCGCCGCGGUGGCGCCUACCUUGGCUUCUGCGCCGGCGGCUACUACGGCAGCCGCCGCUGCGAGUUCGAGGUCGGCGACCGCACCCUCGAGGUCAUCGGCUCCCGCGAGCUCGGCUUCUUCCCAGGCACUUGUCGCGGCGGCGCCUUCAAGGGCUUCGAGUAUCACGGCGAGAGGGGCGCGAGGGCAGUGCGGUUGAGCGUGAAGGAGGGGUUCGGGGGCGGGGAGGGAGAGGAGGUGUUGAGCUAUUACAACGGCGGAGGCGUGUUUGUCGACGCCGCCAAGUAUGAUGGCGUCGAGGUGCUGGCGCAGUAUGCCGAUGACAUCGCCGUCGACGGGGGAGAGGGCAAAGCCGCCGUCAUCUUCUGCAGAGUCGGUUCUGGCAAUGUCAUCCUGACCGGUCCUCAUCCCGAAUUCGCUGCCGCAAACCUCCAUCCGCAACCGCAGCUCCCCUCGUACGAGUCCCUCAUCUCCUCCCUCGCCGCCGCCGACGCCGCCCGCGUCACCUUUCUCCGCGCCUGCCUGUCCAAGCUCGGCCUCGACCUCAGCGCCGACCCGGCCGCGCCGCCGUCCCUCUCGCGCAUGCAUCUGACCUCCGCGGACCACGCCGGGGUGAGCGAGAUGCUGGCCUCGUGGGAGGAGGCCAUCACCCGCGAGGGGGAGGGUGCCGACGCCGAGGAGUACAUCCACGGCGAGCACGACGUGUUCCGCAUCGAGAAGCACUCCUCGCGCUGGGACGUCGACGGGCUGAGGGUUGCGCUGCCUGGAGGGGAGUCGGAGGCGGAGGCGGGCAUUGUCGACUACGACGGGAUCGUCAAGGUCAUCGUGCCCCACGACGAGGCGUGGCCGGACGCCAAAGAGACGCCAAGCUUCAACCACAGAUUGUUCUAUAACUCGCUCAAGGGGUAUCGUGCAAGGGAACCCACGGCGGAGACGUGGGGGGAUAGCCUCAUGUACGGUGAGGUCGUCACCAGCACCAACACCCUUAUGGAUAAGAACCCCAAGCUCCUCGCGCACCUCCCGACCGGCUUCACACUCACGGCGACCACACAGGUUGCGGGCCGCGGCCGCGGCACGAACGUCUGGGUCUCGCCGGCGGGCUGCCUCAUCUUCUCGACCGUCAUCAACCACCCGGCGCACCUGGCGGCCUCGCACCCGGUCGUCUUCAUCCAGUACAUCGCCGCCAUAGCCAUCGUCGAGGCUGUCAAGUCGUACGACGACGGCUGCGGAGAUGUUCCCGUGAAACUCAAGUGGCCCAACGACAUUUACUGCCGCGACCCCAACACGCCGGCCACGGAGCCGCCAUCGUACGUGAAAAUCGGCGGCAUCCUGUCCAACUGCGCCUACUCCCAGGGCGCAUACCAGAUCGUCCUGGGCAUCGGCAUCAACACGACCAACUCGCGGCCGACGACAUCGCUCAACGCCAUCGCGCCGGCGUCGCUGUCGGGCGGGUUCCACCUCGAGACGCUGCUCGCGCGAAUCCUCACGCGCAUCGAGGCGCUGUACGGGCAGUUCCGGCGCGAGGGCUUCUCGCGCGACCUCGAGGCGCGGUACUACGCGCACUGGCUGCACGGCGGGCAGACGGUGACGCUCGAGGCCGAGGCCGGCGCGCGUGCCAAGGUCGUGGGCAUCACGAGGGACUGGGGCUUGCUGAAGGCCGUCGAGGUGGACUCGCUAGGCAGGGAGACGGGGCGGGCGUGGGCGCUGCAGAGCGACGAGAACAGCUUCGAUUUCUGGAGGGGGCUCGUCAAGAGGAAGCUGUAG